AUGAACAGCUCGCUGGCCCCGCUCAACGCGUCCGGCGGCGAGGCCGGCUGGCAGCCCGAGUCCGUGCUCAUCCCGCUGGUGUACGCGCUCAUCUUCCUGCUGGGCACGGUGGGCAACUCGCUGGUGCUGGCCGUGCUGCUGCGGAACGGACAGGUGAAUAACACCACGAACCUCUUCAUCCUCAACUUGGGCGUGGCCGACCUGUGCUUCAUCAUCUGCUGCGUGCCCUUCCAAGCCACCAUCUACACCCUGGAGGGCUGGGUCUUCGGGCCCUUCCUGUGCAAAGCCGUGCACUUCUUCAUCUACCUGACCAUGUACGCCAGCAGCUUCACCCUCGCCACCGUCUCCCUGGACAGAUAUUUGGCCAUUAGAUACCCUUUGCAUUCUAGAGAACUCAGAACCCCCAGGAACGCGCUCACAGCCAUUUGCCUCAUCUGGGGUCUUUCCUUUAUUUUCUCUGGCCCGUACCUCAGUUACUACCAGGAGUUCCAGAUGGCCAACCUGACCGUCUGCCAUCCCAUCUGGAAGAUCCCCCAACGCAAGAUCAUGGACAUCUGCACCUUCAUCUUCAGCUAUGUCAUCCCAGUGCUGAUCCUUAGCCUCACCUACAUGAGGACUAUCCGUUACCUCUGGACUUCCGUCGACCCCAUUGAAGACAUGUCCGAAUCCAAGAAGGCCAAGCGCAAGGUCACCAGGAUGAUCAUCAUUGUAGCGGUCCUCUUCUGUCUCUGCUGGUUGCCCCAUCACCUGAUCAUCUUGUGCGUCUGGUUCGGCUAUUUUCCUCUCAACCACGCCACCUACGUGCUCAGGAUCCUCUCGCACCUGAUCUCGUACUCCAACUCCUGCAUCAACCCCAUCGUUUAUGCCCUGGUCUCCAAGCAUUUCCGCAAGGGCUUCAAGAAGAUCUUCAACUGCCUCUUGCACAAGAAGGUGGCCAAUAAGGUACAUGUGGCACAGGUGACCAACACUGUCAGCACCCUGGAGGCAGAUCUGACUGAAGUGAUGCACAUCAGCGAGCCCCCUCCUGCCAGGUCCUUCACCAGCUGCCAGAUCCCAGGCCAGCCAUGGGGGGAGACGGAGCAGCUAGGGCGCCAGCAGAAAGUAGCCAACUCCUUCAUCACCUUCAAUGUCACCUAG